UAUAUUUUACAUCAUCCUUGUGAGAAAAUCAUCUCGACCUGAAGUUGUUUGGUUAUCUAAAAUGUGCAAAAAGAUAAAAUUAAAACGAAUAUGUAGAUAAUCAGAUGACUAAACAAUUUUAGAUGCAAUGGGUUCAACGCCCUAACCAACUGCCAUCCACGUCUGCACUGCACAAUGAGAAAAAUCCUUAUUCGCGGAAGCCUCUGCUCAAUUGAGACAAAACCAAAAGUACAGAAUCAGAGCUCUGACAAGACAACUGGAAACCCCAACUAGUAAGUCAACCAAGAAUUUUUUUUAUUUAUACAAGUCUGGUUAGGUCGAUCAGGAAAAUUUUGUGAACUCUCUAUUUUUGCUCUGGUCGUCUCCUAAGGUCAAUUGGUGUCUCCGCCAAGAACAAUGAGCAAGUCUAACCACAAAAACAAGAGCGAACCCACAAGCAAGGGACCUCCAUGUUUCUCUGAGUUUGGUCAGAAAGCUAAAGACUUGCUUACCAGUGGAUAUUCCAGGAGCCAGAAAUUUAGCUUCACAACCCGCAGUGAUGGUGGAGUGAAAAUUACUUCAACCGCGGCAAAGAAGCCAGGUUGCUCAACUGCAGCUGUGGCAGGAGCAUACACAUACAAGAAUGCAAAUUUUGACUGUCGAAUUGAUACGGAUUCAAAAAUUACUGGAACCCUCACUUUAAAUAAGAAGUUUCUGUCAAGCACGAAGACUAGUGCUUCAUUCAGCUUACCUGAUUACCAAUCAAGCAAGCUCCGGGUUCGAAUACGCCAAGAAUAUGCUGCUCUGUCCACAUCCAUGGCUUUGAACAAGUCCCCUGCAAUAACAUUUUCAGCAGCUGUAGGGAGUUCAAGCAUUGCCCUUGGUAUGGAGACACAGUACAAAACUGCUUCUAGCUGUUUCUCCAAGUGCAGUGCAGGCAUUUACAUGAAGAGUCUCAAUUCUGAUGCUUCAAUAAUUCUGGCAAACAAAGGUGACUUGCUAACAGCAUCAUGUGUUCUUUAUCUCGAUAAAGAAAAGAAGCAUGCAGCAGUGGUAGAGUUCACUCAAAAGCUGUCAACAAAGAGAAACACCUUGACAGUUGGGGGAUCAUAUGCUGUUGAUCAUCAAACAGUAGUGAAAGCUAGACUUGACGAUCACGGAGAAUUUAAGACUGUUCUACGGUACAAUGUUAGACCCAAGUCAUGCCUGGCUAUAUCUGGUGAAUUCAACACCAAGGCACUUGACAAGAUUCCUAAAAUUGGGUUGGCACUUUCUCUUGUUCUUUAAAUGAUUUCUCAAUUUUCAUAUGCCACUGGAGCAAUUUCUUUGUCCCCCAGCUGAUAAUUUGUCAGUUGGGCGACAUCACAAAUAGAUCUCUAUGAUUUUGUCAAGUCAAGAAAGUUGCUGAUUCAACAGCUCUACUACUAGUGUUUUAAAGCAAUAUGCAUAUUAUUUUAAAGACAAUUGUAAACUCUUAUAUAAAAAGGAAGUCACUUACAAUCAAAUCUAAACUACUCUUGCAUCGCCA